AUGCACAGUCUAUACGCCGCCGUAUCGGUAGGCUUGUCGCCUGAUGACAUCAUCAACACCCUCGACCGCUUCCUCAAGAUUCCGCUCCCCGAUGCAAUCCGUCAAUUCAUCAAGGGCUGCACGCAGAGCUACGGCAAAGUCAAGCUGGUGUUGAAGAACACCAAGUACUAUGUCGAGAGCCCCGACCCUGAGGUCCUCCAAAAGCUGUUGAAGGAUGAAGUCAUUGGUCCGCUUCGGGUGCAAGGAUCCGAUACCAUCACAUCCAGCGCGCCCAAGAUGGCAGGUCUCGUCAUCCCCGGCACCCAGAGCGCUGCAGGAGUCAACCAAGCUGCGGCUGCGCUACCCCCAGCGCCGAACAAGGACCCUGAGGUGCCGGAGGACAGCGUGCUCUAUGCCAACCUAAAUGAUGAAGAUGAGGACGAAGAGGUCACACACUCAUUUGAAAUACCAGAUAGCGCCGUAGAAACCGUUCAAAAACGGUGUCUCGAACUCGAAUACCCUGUGCUGGAAGAGUACGACUUUAGAAGAGAUGAGGUGAACUCCAACCUCGAGAUCGAUCUCCGGCCGGGUACUUCGAUUCGACCGUACCAAGAAAAGUCACUGAGUAAGAUGUUCGGUAACGGACGAGCCAAGAGCGGUAUCAUUGUACUGCCUUGUGGCGCAGGUAAAACGCUCGUGGGCAUCACGGCAGCCGUAACCAUCAAAAAGGGCGUCAUUGUCCUAUGCACAAGCUCCAUGUCUGUUGUGCAGUGGCGAAACGAGUUCCUCAAGUGGUCCAACAUCAGCCCUGAUGACAUUGUGGCCUUCACGGCCGACUCCAAGAACAAUAUGUUUUCGGGUAACACGGGUAUUAUCGUCACCACAUACUCCAUGGUGACGCAAACGAGGGAGCGGUCUCACGAGGCCAAGAAGAUGAUGGACUUCCUCACGGGACGCGAAUGGGGCCUUAUGCUCCUGGACGAGGUCCACGUGGUGCCGGCCAACAUUUUCCGCAAGGUCACGUCGUCGAUCAAAUCUCACUCCAAGCUGGCUUUCGAGGCCAAUUGGAUGGAGCUGUCCGAGCAGGGCCACAUCGCAAAGGUCCAGUGCGCAGAGGUGUGGUGUUCCAUGCCGACAGAGUUCUUUGACCAGUACCUUCGAGCGCCGUCCCGUGAAAAGGGCCUGCUCUAUAUCAUGAACCCCAACAAAUUCCAGGCUUGCCAGUACCUGAUCCAGUACCACGAGAAGCGCGGGGACAAGAUCAUCGUCUUCUCCGAUAACGUGUACGCUCUCAAGGCCUACGCGCUGAAGCUGAAAAAGGCCUUCAUCUACGGUGGUACGGGUCAGUCGGAACGUCUCCAGGUGCUCGAGAAUUUCCAGCAUAACCCGGAUGUGAACACGCUGUUCCUAUCAAAGAUUGGCGACACAUCGCUCGAUCUACCGGAGGCGACGUGUCUGAUUCAAAUCUCCUCCCACUACGGUUCUCGACGUCAGGAAGCGCAGCGGCUUGGCCGUAUCCUGCGAGCUAAGCGUAGGAAUGACGAGGGCUUCAAUGCCUUUUUCUACUCCCUCGUAUCCAAGGAUACAGAGGAGAUGCAUUACUCACACAAGAGACAAGCUUUCUUGGUGGAUCAGGGCUACGCCUUCAAGGUCAUCACGCAGCUAGCCAACAUUGAGAAGACGCCAGACCUGGCUUUUGCAACGGCAGCAGAGCGGCGCGAGCUGCUACAAAGAUUAUGA